AUGGCCAGCGCCACAGCCGGCAGCACCUGGGCCAGGACGGCUAGAGAUAUCCCGCACCGUUCCCGCUUCGCAUCACUACGACCGCCGUUCGCGUGGCCCGCCUCGCAGAUCGUGCUCCUCCUCCUCCUCCUCGCGGCGGCUUCGCCCUUCCCCCCUUCGCCCGCCUUCGCGCGCGUGCUCAACCGGCAUCGCCUGCACCCGCUCUCCGCCAAAGAAUCCGCCGCUCUUUACGGCGCGGGCAACACGGCGCUCGGGGAUCCGGAUGGCGGCGGCGGCGGAGGCGACGCGGGGGAGCAGGACGGGCGCGUGUAUGCGGCGGAAGGGACGGGCGGGGAGCCUCCGCCGCCGACGCUGUCGCCGGCGAGCGAGAUGUUCGACAUAUGCAGCUUCGCAGGUGCCGCCUCCCGCCCCCUCGCCGCUGCCAUCCUGCUCGCUCGUCACGUCCCCUUUUCGCUCGCGCGCGGGAGAACCGCAGCCACCGCCGCUCCAUGGCGAUCUUCAGCGCUGACUGCUUUGCUGACCCUAUUCCGCGGCAACUACAUAGGCGGGUUUGCGCGCGCGAACAUGGACGUGCUACUGGACCGCAUCUUUCAUAAGACCAAGGGCUUGGGGCUCAACAUAGUGCGCUACAACAUCGGCGGGGGGAACAGCCCACAGCGCAGCCCGCAGUUCGCGCGCGACCAGCAGACGCGCCUCAAGGCCAUGCCAGGCUACUGGCCCGCCGAGACCGCCGCGUUCGACUGGACGGUGGACCAGCGGCAGAGGAGCGUGCUGUUUGGCGUGCGUGCGCGUGGGGCGGAUGUGUUUGAGGCGUUCUCCAACAGCCCGCCCUGGUGGAUGACGGUCUCGGGGGACGUGGCGGGGGCCACAGGCAGGAACCAGACGAACCUGCAGCGGAAGUACGAGGGGAAGUUCGCGACUUACCUGGUUACAGUGGUGGAGCAAUUCGCCAAGAACCCCGCGUGGAACCUCACAGUGCUGGCGCAGACCGUGAAGCUGCUCAAGGCGAGGCGGCUGCGCACGCGUGUGGCGACGUUUGACAGCUGGGUGGAGAGCACAGGCAGGGCGCUGGCGUCGGUGCGCGGCAUGCAAUCAGCGGCGCGCAUCAACGUGCACUCGUACAUGGACCCUGCACCGCCCGCCAAGGACCCCGUGCGGCACACGGGGCAGGCGUACGUGGCAGUGCGUAAUAUAGCGAAGCGGCUGGGCAAGGAGGUGUGGGUGACGGAGGCGGGGCACAUGGGGCGGGGUGGGCACCCGUACGACUUGUCGCUGUACGUGAUGCGGACGGUAAUGGAAGCCGUCAACUUGCUGCAUGCGUCCGCGUUCGUCUACUGGAUGGCCUAUGACCCGGACAUAGGCUGGGCGAUCGUGCGCUUCCCUUGGACCUUCCCUGCCGGAUAUUCGGGCCCCAUUCCCAAGCCUGUGCUAUCCAAGCGGUACUACAUGUUCAAGAUGCUCACGAGCCUCGUACGGCCAGGCAGCCAGCCCCUGGUGAUGCCGUCCAAGUGCUGGCACGGCAUUGCGGGGUUCUACCAUGCUGGAGGCCUCACUGUGAGUGUCUUUGUGGUGAACCAGAAGCCCACUGCUGCUCAGCUGUCCGUGAGCCUCGCUGGGUUUAGAAUGAAUGUGAAUGGCAGGACGAGGGCUGUGGUGCGGCGCACCUCAUGGACCCAAGACAUGGCUGAAGUGGUGCUUUCUCAAGGGAAGGCAGCGGCGAGUGUGACAAUACAGGGUCGAAGCUUUGUUUCAAUCCACUUCACUAAUGUGCAGGGAAGUUUCCCUUGA